AUGUUUGCCCUCAACAAUAACAACAACAGCGGCAGCAAUACCACCACCACCACAGCCAACAACCCCACCACGGUGACCGUCGGACCAACCCAUAUCGGUGCUUCUCCACAGCUCGUCCAGAAUACCCAUCCGGGAACAGGAGGCGCAUUCGCAAUCGCAGACAGUAACUUGCCAGGAUUGAGACCCGCAGCCAUGCAUGUCAGACCACCCGGCGCAAUCAUGGCCAUCGGGAAUAUAAACGGACAGUCUCCAGCCUUUCCACAACAACACCUCCAGCCGUAUCAGCUACAAUCGCUACAGCUCCAUCAAUUGCAACAGCAGCAGCUCCAACAGCUUCAACUCCAACAGAGACAAGCACAGGCCCAGCAAGCACAGCAACAACCAGCCCAACAAGCACAGUUGCCUACCCAAGUUAUGCAUCCUCAGACGUUGCCCGCUACCACACAGAGUUUCGCUUACCAGGUGCCAUCUCAGACAAUGCCCAUGUACCAGCCAGGACACCUCAACUCUAUCCAGCUGCAGCAACAAAGGCAACAACUGCUCCAAGCCCAGCAGCAACAGCUUCAGCAACAGCAUCAACAUCCGCAGCUGACUCAGCAAGUUCAACAGCAGCAAUUUGCACAGCAGCAACAGCAGCAACAACAGUUGCAACAACAAAUUCAGCAGCAGCAGCUACAACAGAAGCAACAGCAACAGCAGCAACAGCAGCAGCAACAGCAGCAACAACAACAGCAGCAAAAGUUGCAGCAGCAAAAGCAGCAAGAACAGCAACAGGAGCAGCAGCAACAACAGGCACAACUACAGCACCUUCAACAGCAGCAGCAGCAACAGCAACAGCAGCAACAACAGCAGCAACAACUCCAGCAGCAAGGACAGCAACAACAGCCACAACAACAACAGCAAGGGCAGCAACAAGGUCAACAGGACCAACAAGUCCUACAGCAACAACAAGGUCUGCAGCAACAGCAGCAGCUGCAUCAACAGCAACAGCAACUUCACCAUCAGCAAAUACAACAGCAAAUCCAGCAGCAAAUGCAGGUUCAACAACAGCAACAGCAACAGCAGCAUCAACAACAACAGCAACAACAACAACAACAGCAACAGCAGCAGCAGCAGCAGCAGCAGCAACAGCAACAACAUCCACAUCCACAUCAACAGCAGCAGCAACAACAGCAUCAAGCUCAGCAAGCACAACAACAGCAGGUGCAACAAGUCCAGCAGCAUCAACAACAACAAAUUCAACAGCAGCAACAUCAACAGAUCCAACAACAGCAACAAGUCCAACAGCAGCAGCAAGCCCAGCAGCAGCAACAAGUCCAGCAACAGCAACAAGCGCAGCAGCAGCAACAACAACAACAAAUUCAACAGCAGCAACAUCAACAGGAACAACAGCAGCAUCAGCAGCAGCAGCAGCAGGAGCAACAACAUCAUCAUCAUCACCAACAGCAACUCCAACAGUUCCAGCAACUUCAGCAGCAACAGCACACCCAACAGUAUCAGCGCCACCUUGCACAGCCUACAAGCUUGGCUAAUUGGCCCAAUGCCUUGAUGGAACAACAGAGACAGAAGUACACCCUUGUCAACCCUGUGAACAACGACAGCAGGACGUUUGGAGUCAAGGAAAUGAAGUUGACUUUGGAUGGCGCUAUUGAGCAACCAUCCAAGGCACCACUCAUCGUGGAAUGUGACAAAGUCUCCCUCCUAUCGGACUACGCCAGCGGAUCGAAGGUGAUGUCGGUCGGCUCUGUCAGAGUUAUGUUUGCGACAGACUACAAAAUUGACCUGUUGGAAAUCACCAUCUCGGACUUUACGGAACUCAUCCCGCGCCCCAAGGAUGACGCAUCGGAGAGCCCUGUGAUCGACCCAAAGACAGACUCGAAGAAGAAGAACGCGUCUAAAAAGGCUUCUGCCGCUGCCAUAAAAGGCUCCAAUUACAAUGUUCCCGAAAGUGUCGUGAAUGAGUUUGGUGUAACUCACAAGACCAUGCGGACGCUUGGAAAUGGAGCACCGAAACAUGACAUGCCAGGACUUCCAAUUGUUACGAGCACUAUCUCUACUGGCCCUCCAGCCCAGGCGCCAUUUGUGACGUUUGGAACGAUGCCUCAAACAGAUGGAUCGCAUAUUCUUGCCGGGCUCUCGUCGCCUGGGAUCAUGAAACGACGCUUUUCCACAAGCCUGGUGACCAUUGCUGGAGGAGUAGUAGGACCAGGAACCAUGCAGUCGCCUCCUAUGGAGACUGCUCAGCCAGGAGCCAUUAGCGCAGCAGGAACUCCGACAUUGGACUAUGCUUCAGUAGGAGGUAUGGCGACACAUCUCAACAACGUCCAAGGCCCUGGAGGCGCACAUGGAGGAUUUGUCAACGCAUCUGGUUCGUUUACGAUACCUUCAGGCGUAUCAAUGGCACCUGUCGCCCCACCUUCAACUGCCGCACUUCCCGCACCUAACGCCACGAAAUCCACAAAACGAGCCAAGAAUGCGUCCGUGGCAUCGACACCAACACUCUCCAACAAAGGAACUGCUGCCGGCAGCACAACCUCUUCUACCGCAACCACAACCACCGGCCGGAGUCGAAAGGGAACUGGACGAAAGGAUUCGAGCGCAAAACGGAAAGGCAGCCUGGCAGGCGAGGCAGCCACAGUCGACGCCACCACAGGAUCUCUUACACCAACCAUACCGAACGCAGCUGAGACAGGAAGCCCUACCACAAGAUCCACGGCCCAGUUCCGGAAUCGACCCGCCAAGAAUAUCAGCUCUCCUGUCUCCAUCCCAUCGCCUAUCUCUACGCCUAUGAUGUCCGUUGCUCUGAGCGACAUUCAACAAAUCAACAACGGCACCAAUAACACCAACCUGAAUCAAUUACCAGGGGGGCUGCCUGUCGCUCAUCUCAGAGGGAUGUCCAACGGGUUUGAAGCCAUGUCACCACCCUUUUAUUCUGCACUGGCUCCCAAUCAAACGAUACUUAUGUCAACGAAUGGCGCCGGAAACCUGGAAAUGGACACGACUUUCCAGAUCCCACGCACGACCAUGGACGAGUCUGAGGAAUGGACAGGCGCCUUGGAUUUCAUGACGGAUCCAAAGGGUUUGGACAUGGGCGAGUUCAUCUUCGAACCAAGCUAUGACAAAGAACCUGAGCUGACUGGCUCAAACUCCAACGUCCUCACCUCCACGGAUACUCCCAGCGGGACCCAAAUCUCAUUGUAA